ACUGCCCCGCGGUCGGAUUUAAUUUCACAUCGUAUUUUGCAUGACACCUUGGGCUGUGACUCAACUCAGGGCUGUAUAUGAAACUGUGAUCUACUCAGUUCCUGGCUCUUAACCUCCAGCCCAGAGAGGUUGCGGGAAAUCACUUGCGCAUUUGGUUUUCAGCAACGCUGAUAUAGGUCACCAUGUCUAUCGACUUUCCCAAGGCCGAGGUCGCCGUCAUCGAGCAAUGGCGCCAGAUCAACGCCUUCGAGAGACAGGUCGAGCUAUCUAAAGACAAGCCGCGAUACACUUUUUACGAUGGCCCGCCGUUUGCUACGGGUCUACCGCAUUACGGCCAUCUCCUCGCCUCAACGAUUAAAGACAUUAUUCCUAGGUAUUGGUCGAUGAAAGGUCACCAUGUCGAGAGGCGAUUCGGUUGGGACACACAUGGAAUUCCCAUCGAGCACGAAAUCGACAAGAAAUUUGGUCUUUCCGGCAAGGAGGCAGUCGAGAAAUUUGGCCUAGCCAACUACAACCACGAAUGUCGGUCUAUCGUUAUGCGAUACCGUGAGGAAUGGCGCCACACCAUCGAGAGAUUAGGCAGAUGGAUAGAUUUUGACAAUGACAAGACUAUGGACACCAAUUUCAUGGAGUCAGAAUGGUGGAUCUUUAAGCAACUUUUCGACAAAGGAAUGGUUUACCAAGGACAUAGAGUUAUGCCGUACUCAACAGGAAUGACCACUGCCCUCAGCAACUUCGAGGCGAAUCAAAAUUAUCAAGACGUUACAGAUCCCGCUGUUGUCGUGAGCUUUCCUUUGGUAUCUGACCCGACUACCCACCUUUUAGCGUGGACAACUACCCCUUGGACCCUCCCAACAAAUUUGGGUCUUGCAGCGCACCCUGACUUCGAAUACGUGAAGAUUCUCGAUGAAAAGUCUGGGACCAACUAUAUCCUAAUGGAGAAAUUAUUGACGACGCUCUACAAGGAUCCCAAGAAAGCGAAAUACAAGGUCGUGUCAAAGCUGAAAGGCAAGGAAAUGAACGGCUGGAAAUAUGAACCAUUGUUCGACUACUUCUAUGAGGAGUUCAAAGAUGUUGCAUUCAAAGUUGUGAAUGCAACAUACGUCACUGAUGAUUCCGGUACAGGCAUUGUCCAUCAGGCCCCAUGUUAUGGUGAGGAUGAUUAUCAGGUCGCCGUCGAGAAUGGUAUCAUUGACAAGGCCCGUGCGCCUCCCGAUCCUAUUAAUGACCUUGGAAUCUACAACGACCAAGUCCGAGACUUUGCCGGCAUGUACAUCAAGGAAGCCGACAGGAGCAUCAUCAAAAAUUUGAAGGAGAAAGGCCGCCUUGUUGUUGAUUCGCAGUUAAAGCACUCGUAUCCCAUGUGCCCGCGUACCGAUAAGCCCCUGAUUUACCGAGCGGUUCCAUCAUGGUUUAUCAAAAUUCCUGAAAUUGUACCGCAGAUGUUGAAAAAUAUUGAAGGAAUGCACUGGACACCACAUGCUGUUAAGGAGAAUAGGUUCGGAAAUUGGAUUGCAAAUGCUAGAGAUUGGAAUGUUUCCCGAAAUCGUUACUGGGGAACUCCUAUUCCAUUAUGGGUCAACGCCGAAGGCGAGAGAGUGUGCGUCGGUAGCGUAGAGGAACUGAAGAAACUCAGCGGAUACGAGGGCGAAUUAACCGAUUUACAUCGAGACAAGGUGGAUCAUAUCACCAUCCCUAGUCCAACCGGAAAGGGUGUAUUAAGACGGGUAGAAGAAGUUUUCGACUGUUGGUUUGAAUCAGGCAGCAUGCCCUAUGCUAGCCAACAUUACCCCUUCGAGAACAAGGACAAGUUCGCAGAAAGCUUCCCUGGAGAUUUUAUUGCCGAAGGUUUAGAUCAAACUCGCGGUUGGUUCUACACUCUACUGGUGCUAGGAACGCACCUUUUUGGUGUCAGCCCCUUCAAAAAUUGCGUAGUAAACGGCAUAGUUCUGGCGGAAGACGGAAAGAAGAUGUCCAAGCGACUGAAAAAUUAUCCCGACCCGGGAAUCAUCAUGGAGAAAUACGGUUCAGACGCACUUCGACUAUACCUGAUCAAUUCUCCCGUUGUUCGUGCCGAGCCCUUGCGCUUCAAGGAAUCUGGUGUUAAAGAAGUCGUGCAAAAAGUUCUUUUACCCCUCUGGAACAGCUACAAAUUCUUUGAGGGACAGGUGGCUCUACUGAAAAAGGUUGAAGAUAAGGAUUAUAUGUUCGACCCGACGAUGGAAAGCUCCAAUACCAACGUCAUGGACCGCUGGAUCCUUGCCAACUGCCAAAGCCUGCUACAAUUUGUCAACGAAGAAAUGUCAGGAUAUCGUCUCUACACAGUUGUUCCGAGGUUACUAGGCCUCAUUGACGAUACCACAAACUGGUACAUUCGGUUCAACCGAAGGCGGCUGAAGGGCGAGUAUGGCGUUUCAGAUACUUUGCAUGCGCUCAACACGCUGUUCGAGACCCUUUUCACUUUAUGUAAAGGCCUAGCACCCUUUACGCCUUUCCUUACAGAGACCAUCUACUCAAAACUGCUGCCUCAUAUCCCGAAGGACCUGCAAGGUGAAGACCCUCGAAGCGUCCACUUCCUCCCAUAUCCUACUGUGCGACAAGAACUUUUCGAUCCUGAGAUUGAACGCCGAGUUUCCCGCAUGCAAAAGGUUAUCGAGCUUGCUAGAGUAUCUCGAGAACGCCGAACCAUUGGUCUCAAAACGCCUCUAAAGACGCUGGUAGUGAUACACGCCGAUCAACAGUACCUGGACGAUGUCAAAUCGCUAGAAAACUACAUUUUGGAGGAGCUGAACAUCAGAGAUCUGGUCUUAACAUCAGACGAAGCAUUGUACAAUGUACAGUACUCGGUGGUAGCCGACUGGCCAGUCCUUGGCAAGAAGCUCAGAAAAGACAUGGCAAGAGUGAAGAAAGCUCUUCCUAACGUCACCAGUGAGGAGGUCAAGGAAUACACUAGAGCUAAGUUCAUCAUAGUUGAUGGUAUUCGGCUUGAGGAGGGUGAUCUACGAGUAAAGCGAGAACUCAAACAAGAGGAGUCACAAACCCUCGAGCCUAACACCGACGACGACGUUCUUACCAUUUUGGACGCUGGAAUUUAUCCCGAGUUGAAGGAAGAAGGCCUAGCACGAGAGAUUAUUAACAGAGUUCAGCGGUUGAGAAAGAAGGCAGGCUUGACCCCGACGGAUGACGUCAAAAUGGAAGUGAAAGUCCUUUCGGACCCCGAGGACAUUGGAUUGGCAAGUGUCUUCGAUAACCAGACUUCGGCGUUCGUCAAGGUUCUGCGGAGACCGAUAGAAAAACAGGUGGCGGGUGAGGCCGGUAAUGAGAAGGAGCUCAUUACGGAAGAAGAACAGGAAGUCCAGCAAGCGACUUUCUUGCUCCGAUUGCUGAAGUUGUAGAAUAGAUGUUUUCUAGAGUUCUAGUUCAAUGCUAGAGAUUAGAUAUCUAAAAGAGACACUGGUCUAAAUCCAAA